GCGCACUGAAUGUUGCAGCGCUAUCACCAGAAACACGGCCAAAAAUGGACCCAGACGACAUUGACAAUAUGGACUUUGACAUACCCGCCCAUCUUCUCAAUGCACAGCAACAGGCGGGUCCAUCAGGUUCAGGGUCUGCUCAAACUCGAUCACAACCGCGAAUGGUCGCUGUAGAUCCCUCCAUCCACGAGACUGCCAAGAGUUGGACGACAUUGUAUCCUGUAUAUCUUGACCCAACCAAGCCCCAACGUCGUCUGGCCAAAACCCUUUGUCCCUCCGCUCCCUCCGCCAUUUACAUGUCAGAAUGCGUGCGCCUGCUUAACCUCCCCGCUGUUCUCGACCCCGAGAAGCGACAUCCCGCCGAUCCUCUCGUAUUUGGUCGAAUUAAAGUGCAGAUAAAGCACUCGGCCACCAAAAAGCCACUGAAUCCGAACGUUACCAGCAAACUGGGAUUGCUGAGAGAGAUUGCAAAGAUGUAUGCUGAGGUGGAGGAGAGAAUGAAGAAGGAAGAUCCGAGGAUCGUGGCUAUGGCCGCUGCAAGCCGAAGUGAGGUGUCCAAGACAAUUCAAGAGUUGGCGAAAGACGCUGCGAAGGAGAGUGGAAGUGGUUCAGGAGGUGGCAAAAAGAAAGGAAAGAAGAAGUAGAUUGUUUGCAAAUCUAUCGAACAAAAGUUUUUGCAAUUUUCAUGCAUUUUAUUUAAUUUACUGGAAAAAUGAUGAGUUGCAUCCCAGAA